CGGCAUUCCAUACUACUUCUGAUUCUACACACUGUACACACACGCACGGUCAGUGAGGGUGGCAAUAUCAUCAUCAUCAUGGCAGAGAAUAUGUUUCUGUUCUGGGGGUCGGGCAGCAUUCCCUGCUGGAAGCCUAUGAUAGUUUUGGAGGAGAAAGGUUUCGGGGGAUACAAGAACAAAUUGAUAACGUUCAGCAACAAGGAACACAAAGGGGAGGAUGUUCUAAAACUCAACCCCCGAGGUCAGGUACCUACCUUUAAAGAUGGAGACAUCGUGGUUAAUGAAUCCAACGCAAUUUGUGAAUACCUCGAGUGUACUUACAAAGACAAAGGGACACAACUCAUUCCUACUGACAAAGCCAAGAGAGCUCGCGUUCUCCAGAGGAUGCACGAGGCUGCCGCCAACAUGCAACAGAAGCUAGUAUUGGACCUACUCUAUUACUUCUUCCAAACAAAGGAAGAGGAUCGCAAAGAGGCAAAAGUUGCCAAGAAAGUAGAGGCUGCAAAAGAGGAAUUGGACCGCUGGGAGGCAUAUCUUGGGGAGACCAAAGCCUUUGUGGCAGGACCAGAUUUUAGCAUGGCUGAUGUGUGGUUUUACCCAUUCAUUGCCUUUUCCGUACGCAUGGGUUUGGAGCUCGAGAAAUUCCCCAAUAUGAAGGCCUACUACGACAAAGUGACAGCCCGCCCCAGCAUUCAGAAAUCAUGGCCGCCUCACUGGAAAGAGGAACCAGCCAAAUUUUCGCCCUUCAAGGGAAGAAUUUGAAAUGACUGAUAUUUGAAUGUUGAAACUGGUAUCCCACAUACCAUGUAACAAUUACUUGUAAAGCUAUUUAUCUGUCAUUCUAAUGAAAUGGAAAAACUUUUCAUUUUUUUCGACUCACAUUUUGUACAUGUAUAUGAUCAUCAUGGAUCAUUUAACAUAAAAUGAAAUAAACUAAUAUUACUUUCAGAA